AUGAUGGAUGAAGAAUUCGAUACAACACUGAAAUUGCCUGCACGGAUAUAUGAACCCGGGACAGAACCAAAGAGCACCAUUGUAGUCCUGCAAAAUUUGAACCUACUCUAUGUGGAUAAAGUCACAAAGCUUUUAGGAGAUUGGAAGACAGACAGAUUAGUACACUGUGAAAGAUUUGAUCUGCUGGAAAACAAUGCGAACAGAAUGUCUGCUGAGGAGAAACUUUCUCUUGGAGCUGCUAUCUUGACUCAUGGGAUUAUAAUCUCAAAGAAUCCAACGGUAAAGAUAUCGCGAGAAAGUGCAAUUAUAGGAUACGAGGUCCUAUCUGCUAGUAUACACAGGAUUCAAGCAAAAACAUUUGCAAAAGGUCAAUAUGAAGUGAAAGGAUUCGUAUGGGCAAUCACGUUGUGGGCUUUGUCGGCUGUGCCAGCGCUAGGUACUUCAUUUGGGAGUCGAUUUGAUUCAAGCUCGUCUGCAGGCCCGUUGUGUUUACAGUGGAAAGCCACUCAGAAUCCUUUUAUUUCAGAUAUAAACAAUAUACUCAAUAUGCUUGUGAUCUUGGCCAGGAAAGUGAAGAUCAUCCAGCAAGUCUUAGGCAUUUCAGAAGAAAACGAAGUAGAUGGCAAGCAAUCAGAGGAAAAUGAAAAUGUUUCUGAAGAUGGCGUGCAGAAAGAUACAGAGUCAGAGAAUUCUCGGCGUGAAGCAAAUUCAGAUGACAGUUAUGCUGCCGAUGAUGAUAAUACACAAAAACAUGGUGUUGUUGAAGAAACAGCUGAUUUUGUUGGUGGUUUUAAUGCUAAAAAUGCUAGUUCUGUUGGUAUUAGCGAUGAAGAAACAGAAGUUUUGGUUCAAGAAACACAAGAUCUUGGCGACGAGGAAACUACAAUCGUUGUUGAAGAUACAAAAGUUAAUUUUCAAAGUACCCAAAAACUUGGCGACGAUGAAGCUUCGAAUGGCUGUAAUAAUGAUAUAUCUCGUACGGCAACUGCAGAUUGUGUUUCAUCGCCUAUUACACCAAGAUUCAAUCUUUUUUCCCAAGACAGUUUACAAAACAGCAUAAAUAAUGACAAUGGAGGUGAUAAUAGCAGACACAGAGCUGAUGACAAAGACAAUGAGGAGGGUAUUGAAGCAAAUGUAACAAAUUCUCGAAGAGGUUUAUCCGAUUUACAAAGUGUGACGAAAAUUAAGAAACGAGCUGCAGAAGGAUACACAGAGAUUACCACGCUGCAGACAGCAGGAAAUGCUUUUACGAAAGCGGUUGCUAAAAUAGCAGAGACAGGCGUUUUCGUAUUGAAAUUAAUAGAGUGCCACUCAAUACGCAUCAAGGACUUGAUGAAGCUUUCGGAAGAAAACAUCGGGGAUAUAAGAUUGAAGCUUGCUGCUGAUCUCUUCUCAGAGUUAUUAGCACCGGACAGGAGAUGGAGCAAGGAUACACAGAGGAGCGGAAAAAGAGACAUUCCCUUUCUU